AUGGGAAGGUUAGCGCACCUUGCGCGACUCGCGCUCGGGAGAUCGGCAUUUGAGGACCUCGCAAACGAUCAAGAAGUAAACGGCGCGAAUGCGCUCGACGAUGAGAAUCAGCAGCAGUAUGAUGCGAAAGGCAGACCGCUCAAUCCACGAAGCCUCGAAUUGGAUGCAGAACUACGCCAUGCUCAGAAUGAAAUCUUAGCUAUCGUCGGCGUCGUGGAGAAGAAGGACAAGAUCAUCCGCGACGGCGAAGAGAGUCACCGACUAAUGAGACAUACCCGUCAUCACAUCUUGAAGGCCGAAGAUGACAUUGGCGACGGCAUUAGUACGGUCAUGCUUCUAUAUCCAAUAUUACAUAUGUGGGUCGGCGGCUUCAUCGCCCGGCUUCAGAUAGGCUUGUACCCUUCCCACAUGUCGUUGUCCUCGAUAUUGACGCAUGAGUGGCAUGCUCUCAGUCAAGUUGGUCUGGUCGGAGGGGUUCUGCGGUUAUUUCCUGGCUUGUGCGCUCUAUUUCGAGCAAUCUUCUUGGACAUUCCUAUUCUACUCGCAACCGACCAAAUCGUGGGGCGCGCGCAAAACUAUUUCAUAGCUGGCAAUCUUGUACGACCAGCAAUAGAGCGGCAAAUUUUUACUGCACUGCCUUUUCUCGGGGUUGGGGUGUCACUGAUGUUUGAAUUUGCUCUGUGGCCUAUUACAAUCUAUGCUGAUGCACAGCGAUUGGGUUUUGCUCCCGUCAGACCAUUUGCAUCCACGUUUUGGCCUACAAGCAUCUUACCAGCCUAUCGCCUUGCCUGGAAGCCGCUUGUUUCUGCUGGGAAGCUUGGAAGGUUGUUGACACCGGCGGUGCUGAUGAUCCUCUAUCACAGUUGCUACAAGGAUGGACCCACGAAGGCAUCAACACCUAUUGGCCCGCAAAGUCCGGUGUUUUGCUUGUUCACGUCCUAUCGCAAUCCGCCCAUAGAUGAUGGAUACAAGCAGGUGGAGAAACCAACAUUCAUCUCCGAUCCCUUCGGAUGGACCGUACAUCGAAAUUAUCUCAUACGUACGUCGAUUCUGAAGUGGCUGGGAUGG